AUGCGUUUCACACAGACCUUCUUUGCUGUUGCAGCUCUUGCUGCUGUCGGCUACGCUCAGGAUAGCGACGUUUGCGAUGAUCAGAACGACAAUGGUGUCACCUGCGUCAACGGUACCCCUGUCAGCAGCAAUGGUAUCGCAAUCAACACCAACACCGUCACAAACACCAACACUGUCAUUGCUUCCACCUCGACCAACCCUCGCCUCUCGGUCAUCUCGUCCACCGAUACCGACAUCCUGAUCUCGACCACCCGCAGCGUUGUUCUUGACACCACUUCCCUCCCCCACUCUCUUGACACUCGCACAUCCACCUAUCUGAACACGGUCGUCCAGACUUUGGACUCUGCGUACACCACCAACACGCUCAAUACCAACACCGUCACUGCCACAACCAGAGUUGGAGGCAACGCUGCUACUACUACUACAGCUGCCACUAACACCAUCACCACCGGUACUGCUGCUUCGAGCUCCACUGGCGCUGCCGCUGCUCUCCAGACUGGAUUCGCUCCUUUUGGAGUUGCCAUUGCCGCUCUUGGUUUCGCUGCUGCCCUUUAA